GUCUGCAAAAUUAUUCCAAGCAGACCUCAGCCCUGCUGCAUCCUUCUGCCAGUGGGCUUGGAGCUCUGGCUCUGUGCUCAGAAAAUGCACAGCCUGCAGAAGAAGAGAAUGGAGGCAUCCUGCCUGGAACUGGCCCUGGAAGGAGAGCGCUUGUGCAAGGCUGGGGACUUCAAAGCUGGGGCAGCUUUCUUCGAGGCAGCAGUGCAGGUGGGGACAGAGGACCUGAAGACUCUCAGUGCCAUCUACAGUCAGCUGGGCAAUGCCUAUUUCUACCUAAAGGAGUACUCCAAGGCUCUGGAGUACCACAAACACGACCUGACCCUGGCCAGGACCAUUGGGGACCGCAUUGGAGAAGCCAAGGCCAGUGGCAACCUUGGGAAUACACUGAAAAUCCUUGGGCAGUUUGAUGAAGCUGUGGUUUGUUGCCAGAGACACUUGGACAUCUCUCAGGAGCAGGGAGACAAGGUAGGUGAAGCCAGAGCACUCUAUAACAUAGGGAAUGUUUACCAUGCAAAGGGAAAGCACUUGUCUUGGAACGUGGCCCAAGACCCUGGCUACCUGCCUCAAGAAGUCAAGGAGACACUACAGAAAGCUUCAGAAUAUUAUGAGAGGAACCUAUCCCUGGUGAAGGAGCUGGGGGACAGAGCUGCACAGGGCCGUGCUUAUGGCAACCUUGGCAACACCCAGUACUUACUUGGCAACUUCAGUGAGGCUAUAGCCUUCCACAAGGAGCGCCUCGCCAUCGCCAAGGAGUUUGGGGACAAGGCAGCUGAGCGACGAGCCUACAGCAACCUGGGCAAUGCCCACGUCUUCCUGGGCAGGUUCGACAUCUCCGCCGAGUACUACAAGAAAACGCUCCAAGUCUCCAGACAACUCAAAGACCAGGCAGUAGAAGCCCAGGCUUGCUACAGCCUUGGGAACACCUACACGCUGCUUCAGGACUAUGAAAGAGCCAUCGAGUACCACCUAAAACACCUGGUGAUAGCACAGGAGCUGGGAGACAGGGUGGGAGAAGGAAGAGCCUGCUGGAGUCUGGGAAAUGCCUAUGUGUCCCUGGGGAGCCAUGAGCAAGCGUUGCACUUUGCAAGGAAACAUCUUGAAAUCUCCCAAGAGGUCGGGGACAAGGCAGGGGAGCUGACAGCUCAGGGCAACGUGGCCCAGCUCCAGCUGGCCCUCGGCUGGGGCCCUGGCCACCAGGACACGGGCACAGCUCAUCCCUCUGCUGGCUAUGAGGCACAAGGAGCCAGGCCAAAGAGACUCCAGAGGAACAGCAUGGACAGCUUAGACCUCCUGAAGUUCCCUUCAGAAAAGGAGCAGAAUGGGGACAGCCAUCACGUGGGAGACCUGAAGAUCUCAGGAAAAGAGUUCUUGUCCUUACCUGCGAGGUCGAAGAAGUACCGGGAGCACCAGUCCAGCUCAGAGAGAAGGUCCCAGGGCUCCAGUACCUCCCCGCUGGACACCAGUGAGGUCCGAGUCCACGUGUCCCAGUCG